AGGGAACCGUCCACAUGGAAUGGUGCCGGCUUUAAAACCAGACAAAAAUCCCAUUCCUCAUUGCUCAGAGAUCAGUCUCCCACUCCUUCUGCGAUUCCAAUUUUUGGGUUCUUCUUCACAUUUCAGUAUUUGAUCCCCUUUCCACAACUUCCGCCCCGAAUUACCCAGUUCGCCGCCCGCAGCCGUCGCCGGACAUUGCAACCUCCGCUGCCGCCGUCGCCGUUCCCCCCAAUGCUACCCUACAAAUCAAUCGAGGAGGCGGCGGCCCACUUGGGCCGCAACCUGACCUACGCCGAGACACUCUGGUUCAAUUACUCCGCCGACAAGUCCGAUUACGUCCUCUUCUGCCACAACAUUCUCUUCCUCUUCCUAAUCUUCUCGGUGGUUCCGCUCCCGAUCGUCUUCAUCCAGUUGCUCCGAUCCCCUUCCUUCGACAAGUACAAGAUUCAGCCCAAAGUCCAGCUCUCCACUGCUGAAAUCUUCAAGUGCUACAAGGACGUCAUGCUCACCUUCUUCUUCAUCGUCGGUCCUCUGCAGCUCGUCUCUUACCCUUCCGUCAAGAUUGUUGGGAUUCAUACAGGGCUGCCAUUGCCGUCAGGGUGGGAAAUUGCUGCCCAGUUGUUUGUUUACUUUGUGGUUGAGGAUUAUACCAAUUACUGGGUCCACAGAUUCCUUCACGGCAAAUGGGGGUACGAGAACAUUCACAAGGUUCAUCACGAGUACACAGCGCCAAUUGCAUUUGCUGCACCGUACGCUCACUGGGCUGAAAUCUUGAUCCUUGGGAUCCCAUCUUUCCUGGGACCAGCAAUGGUUCCUGGUCACAUGAUCACUUUCUGGCUGUGGAUUGCUUUGCGGCAGAUGGAGGCCAUAGAUACGCACAGUGGAUAUGACUUCCCAUGGAGCCUCACGAAAUACAUACCAUUCUAUGGUGGUGCCGAUUACCAUGAUUAUCAUCACUAUGUUGGGGGCCAAAGCCAGAGCAACUUCGCAUCAGUGUUCACCUACUGUGAUUACAUCUAUGGAACUGACAAGGGCUACCGUUAUCAAAAGAAGCUCCUCCAGAAGCUGCAAGGAAUGAAUGACGGAGAAGACCGCAAUGCAGGUUUCAAAUCGGACUAGACCGACGACGCGAUCAGAACUCUUCAGGUAGCUGAAGCCUAUGAUGGAUAGAUCUCCAGUGUGCCACAUUUUAACAAUGGAUGGGAUUCAUUUGGUGACUGGAAGGGCGUCCAAGUGUUUUCUUACAGCUCUGUUUUUGUGUUAACAUGGCAAAAGAAAAAGGUUGGUUAGCUUGUGGUGUGUAAGCUUAGGCAGAGUUUUCUUUGUGAUGGAUUGUACUCGUAUGUCAGUGGAGAAGUGGAUUAAUUAGUGCGCUGUUUUUGUGAGUUUGAGAUCUUUCAUUGUUAUUUUUAAGCCCCAGAAAAAUAGCGUACUGGUCUGUUUGAUACUUUGAUGUGUACUGGUUUUUCUGAACUUGUCGUAAUCUAAGUAUUUCCAUUAUUUUAAUAUGACUAUAAAUACAAAAGUUCAACAA